AUAUCAGAAUCAGGAAUAUUAAAAGGUUGUCUCUGUUUGCGUUAUCUUUAGCUCGUCUCCACCUCUUCUUCUUGUUCUUUUGAUGUCUUCCUGAUAACGAACAACAGGUACAGCGAGAAGGGUUCCACUCUGAAGUUGAUACAAAAUUCUCCUUUGUUUUAGGGUUACCGGCAGUUUAUUUUCCUUGGUUGGAAUCUGAUGGAUAACACUAACUGGAGGCCUAAUGCCCAAGGUGGCGACCCUGGAAUUGACACCGGUGAUUGGAGAGCUCAGUUGCAGCCUGAUUCGCGACAAAGAAUUGUCAACAAAAUAAUGGAGACAUUGAAGAGACAUCUUCCAUUUUCUGGUCAAGAGGGACUAGAUGAACUCAAGAAAAUUGCUGAGCGGUUUGAGGAAAAGAUUUACACUGCUGCCAUAAGCCAGUCAGAUUAUCUACGGAAAAUAUCUUUGAAGAUGCUUACAAUGGAGUCCAAGUCCCAAAAGCCCCAAGAUCACAAUCAAGGGCAGUCACUUACUAUGCCAUUGCAAGUUAAUCAGGCACGUCAGCAAUUGUUAUCCCAGAACAUUCAGAAUAAUAUUACAUCUCUUGGGUUUCAAAGUUCUCCCAGUUUAACAUCUGCACUGCCUGCUGUUUCUGGUUUAACACAGACUUCUAUACCUAGUGUUGUUGGCCAGAAUCCUAACUUACAGAGCAUUUCUGGAGUUCCACAGAACACAGCAGGGAAUUCAACAGGACAAGGGGUAACCUCCAAUAUUUUUAACAAUUCUCAGAGACAAAUGGCGGGAAGGCAACAGGUUGUUCCCCAACAGCAGCAACAACAAUCCCAAAAUACUCCGCAAUAUCUUUUUCAGCAACAAUUACAGCAACAACUUAUGAAGCAAAAGAUCCAGCAAGGAAAUCGACCACAUUCACUUGUGCAAUCUCACAUCCAGCAGCAGCAGCAGCAGCAAAACCUAUUACAGCAAACUCAGUUGCAAUCUUCUCAGCAAUCUAGUAUGCAAACAUCAUCUGUUAUGCAGCCUACUAUGAUGCAAUCGGUAAUUUCUGGUCUUCAACAGAGUCAGCCUCCUGCUGUUCAACAAUCAACGCAAUCGAUGCUUCAACAACAUUCACACUCAGUCCUCAGGCAGCAACAACAACUGCAACAGCCUGCUAGCAUUCAUCAACAACAAACACCAAUGAUGCAGCAGCAACUGUUGCCACCCCAGCAUCAGCAACAGCAGCUAAUGGGCCAACAACCUAAUGGCACUAAUAUGCAGCAAAAUCAGUUAAUUGGACAACCAAACAAUGUUGGAGACAUGCAGCAGCAGCAGCAGCAGCAGCAGAGAUUACUGGGCCAGCAGAAUAACCUUCAAAAUCUGCAGCAGCAACAACAACAACACCAGCAGCAGCAGUUAAUGGUUCAGCAAAAUAACCUCCCAAGUAUGCAUCAACAGCAAUUAGGCUCGCAAAGUAAUGUCCCUGGUUUACAGCAGCAACAACAGCAGCAGUUGCUUGGAACCCAGACUGGCAACUCAAGCAUGCAAGCUAAUCAGCACUCUGUACACAUGCUGCAACAGCCCAAGGUUCCAUUGCAGCAGCAAACUGCAACUAAUAUGUUGACAACUCAAGGGCAGCAGUCACAACCACAGCUUCCACAACAACAAUUGAUGUCACAGAUUCAAUCACAGCCAACACAGUUACAACAACAGCUGGGUUUGCAACAACAGUCUAAUCCAUUACAACUAGAUAUGCAGCCAAGGCUCCAAGCAUCAAGUCAAGGACCAGGUUCCUUGCUUCAACAACAGAAUGUAAUUGAUCAACAAAAGCAAUUGUAUCAAUCACAAAGACCUCUUCCAGAAACAUCAUCAACAUCUCUUGAUUCGACAGCACAAACUGGACAUGCAAAUGGAGGCGAUUGGCAAGAGGAAGUCUACCAAAAGAUCAAAGCCAUGAAGGAAAUGUACUUGCCCGAACUAAAUGAGAUGUACCAGAAAAUAGCCACAAAGUUACAGCAGCAUGAUUCUCUUCCACAGCAACCCAAGUCAGAGCAGCUCGAGAAGCUAAAAAUAUUUAAGACCAUGUUAGAGCGCAUAUUAGCAUUCUUACAGGUUUCAAAAAGUAAUGUUUUGCCUGGUUAUAAGGAGAAGUUGGGUUCUUAUGAGAAGCAGAUCACAAAUUUUAUAAAUACAAAUAGACCCAGAAAGCCUAUGACGUCACUUCAACAAGGACAACUUCCCCAGCCCCACAUCCAGCAACCACAAUCUCAAGUUCCUCAAGUGCAGUCCCAUGACAAUCAAAUGAACCCUCACAUGCAAUCAGUGAGCUUGCAAGGUUCUCUGCCAACACUGCAGCAGAACAAUAUGUCAAGUUUGCAGCAUAAUUCUCUGCCUUCUUUAUCAGGGUUUUCCACAUCACAGCCAAACAUGAUGAAUUCCCUGCAGCCAACGUCCAAUUUAGAUUCAAGCCAAGGAAAUGCAAUGAGCUCAUUGCAGCAGCCAGUAGUAGGAUCUCUACAACAGAAUCCUGUGAGCGCUGCCCAACAGGCCAAUAUUAACAAUUUGUCAUCACAGAGUGGGUUAAAUAUGCUGCAGCCAAAUAUUCCACUUCAGUCAAAUCCCAAUAUGCUUCAACAUCAGCAUCUAAAACAACAGCCAGAACAACAGAUCUUGCAGAGUCAACAGCUCAAACAACAAUUUCAACAGCGCCAGAUGCAGCAACAGUUCAUGCAGAAGCAGCAGUUGUUGCACCAACAGCAGCAGCAGCAAUUGCACCAGCAGGCAAAGCAGCAGAUGCCUUCACAAAUGCAGGGGCACCAAAUGCCACAGGUUCAUCAGAUGAAUGAUGUCAAUGAGCUUAAGAUCAGACAGGGGAUGGGUGUUAAGCCAGGUGUAUUUCAGCAACACCUCCCUGUAGGUCAGCGCACAACUUAUUCCCAUCAACAGAUGAAACCAGGAUCUUCAUUUCCUAUUUCUUCAACUCAGCUGCUUCAGGCUGCCUCCCCUCAAUUAUCACAGCAUUCAUCUCCACAAGUUGAUCAGCAAAAUGUACCAUCAUCUCUAACAAAAACCGGAACCCCUUUACAGUCUGCAAAUUCUCCUUUUGUUGUCCCAUCUCCUUCUACUCCUUUAGCUCCAUCCCCUAUACCAGGAGAUUCUGAGAAACCAGUAUCUGGUAUUUCCUCUCUUUCAAAUGCUGGAAAUGUUGGACAGCAACAAACAACUGGUGCUCAAGCAACUGCUCCAUCCCUUGCAAUUGGCACUCCUGGGAUAUCAGCCUCACCUUUGCUUGCAGAGUUCACCGGUUCUGAUGGUGCACAUGGCAAUGCUUUAACCACUGCUUCUGGCAAGUCAAGUGUCACAGAGCAACCUCUUGAGCGCUUGAUUAAAGCGGUUAAGUCUAUGUCCCCUAAUGCAUUGAGUGCCUCAGUCGGUGACAUUGGCUCAGUUGUCAGUAUGAUAAACAGAAUUGCCGGAUCAGCCCCAGGUAAUGGGUCUAGAGCUGCAGUUGGUGAGGAUUUGGUAGCAAUGACAAAUUGUCGUCUUCAGGCAAGAAAUAUUGUGACCCACGAUGGAAUGACCGGGACAAGGAAAAUGAAGCGAUAUACAAGCGCCAUGCCCUUGAAUGUUGUAUCAUCAGCUAGCAGCAUAACUGACAGCUUUAAGCAGUUGAAUGGUCCAGAGACAUCUGAUUUGGAGUCUACUGCAACAUCAAGUGUCAAGAGGCCUAGAAUUGAGGCUAAUCAUGCCCUUUUGGAAGAGAUACGGGAAAUAAAUCAGCGACUUAUAGACACAGUGGUUGAUAUUAGUGAGGAAGAUGUUGAUCCAACUGCAGCGGCUGCUGCUGCCGAAGGGAGUGAAGGAACCAUUGUUAAGUGUUCUUUCAAUGCUGUAGCUCUUAGUCCAAAUUUGAAAUCACAGUAUGCUUCAGCACAAAUGUCACCAAUUCAGCCUCUUAGAUUGCUCGUGCCUACAAAUUAUCCUAAUUGUUCUCCAAUUCUAUUAGACAAAUUACCGGUUGAAAUCAGUAAGGAGUACGAGGAUCUUUCAGUAAAGGCGAAGUCAAGGUUUAGCAUCUGUCUCCGCAGCCUCUCACAACCCAUGUCACUUGGGGAAAUUGCAAGAACAUGGGAUGUUUGUGCCCGAGCUGUUAUUUCCGAUUAUGCACAGCAGAGUGGAGGAGGAAGCUUCAGCUCAAAAUAUGGAACAUGGGAAAACUGCUUUAGUGCAGCGUGAUUCCUUUUAAAGUUAAAGAAGCUGUCAAUCGGAUUAUUUUCGUCUUAAUGCAAGCUUUGCAGAAGUUGGUUUUGCCAUGAUGAGCAAACAAGCAGCUUGCAUUAUCGAACAACCUGAAAGAGUGAAGAUUCCUGGGGCUGUUUCGAAGUGUAUAUCCUGGAAUAAUCUUUGUGUGAUACGAUGACUUUGUGUGUAUUAAGCUGAACAAAUGGAGCGUUACACAGAUGUAUAGUUGGUGGUAGUUAAUUAAUUAUUGCCUAUUUAUCUGUGCUGCAGUCGGUAGCUUGUAUUUUGAAUGGAUUUGUGUAACAAAACAAUAUUUUAAUGUCUCUUGUGAGAUCUAUUCUGAGGUUAAUGCUGAAUUUUUACUGUAAGGCGGUUGAGAAAUGUUCUUGUUUUCUUUUAUCAUCGAUUUCUAUUGUGUAAA